AACAUAACUGCCAAAUGCCAACCAAGGGGGUUUACCCUGUUCCGAUAAAACGUUUUGUUGAUUGUUUUUAUUUUAGUUGUUAGAGUUAGUUUGUAAGGCCGAUUUUUUUAAUAACCCUAGAUUUGUAGAAAUUAACUGCAAAGAAAUAAUUAAGCUUUCUACAAACAAAACCAAGUUUAGAAAUGUUAUGCCAAAUCUUGGCUCUUAUCUUUUUUUUUACUUGUGGAGCACAAACUCAAAGUUUAACACAUCAAAGUGGAAUAGAAUACAAUAAUUAUGGACCUGCAGAAUACAAUUCUUACCAACAGAGUUAUUCAGGGCGACUUGGAAAUAGUCUUUAUGAUGAUAUCAAAUGUCCCGAGCAUUGGAUUCCAUUUCAGCAAUUUUGCUAUAAAUUUAUUAAAUCUCCAUUAAGGCCUUAUGUUAACGCCAGGAUGCUAUGUCAGGCAUUUACUGGAGACCAAGUUGAAACAACAGCUUCAGAUCUUGUAUCAAUAAGCACUGUUGAAGAACAUAGUUUUCUGGUACAGCAAUUAAAUCGUUACGAUCCUCAACAUAGACGUUGGUACAUUGGUGCUCAUUUGACAACAGGAAACACGUAUUCCAAUCCUGAUGGAACGCAACUACCGUCAAUGGAAAGUGCUUUUAUUAGAGCAGACGUACCUUCAGGAUACGGUCAGCCUGAUCGAGAUUUUCUUGUAUAUAAAUUUUCCAAAAAUCUUAUGCAUUGGGGCCUAGAACCUGUUGUUGGAGACGAGUCAUUGCCAUUUAUAUGUAAAGUGCAUGCGGCCGCUAUAGAAAAGCUUAAAGCUGACGAAAGAGAUUACUCAUACGGAACUGACGUCUUUGAUCCGGAAAAAGUACCAAGAGGGCCCUUCUUUAUAAAACAACCAGAAAAUUCUAUUUUUGAUACGUUAAAGAGAAAUUUGUAUAACGAUAUUUCUCUUAGCUGUUUGGCAGGAGGAUAUCCAACUCCCACAUAUCAAUGGUUCAGGGAGGAAUAUGAAAACGAUAGGCUAAUUCCAAGAGAGAUAGAUCCUUUAACUGAUGGGAGAUAUACAGUUAGCGGAGGUACUUUAAUCAUUCAUGAUCCCCAGCAGAAGAGAGAUCGGGCAACGUAUCAUUGCAGAGCUACAAAUAUCUUUGGCACUAUCAUAUCCGAGAGUGUAACUUUAAACUUUGGUUUUAUGCUUGAAUUUGUUCUAAAAAGAAGUCCUGAAGUCGGGGAUUUAAAUUGGGGCAAAGCCAUUUACUGUGAUCCACCAAAUCAUUUCCCUUCAGUACGAUAUUCAUGGUCUAGAGAUUAUUUUCCUAAUUUUGUAGAAGAGGACAAAAGAGCAUUUGUUAGUAAUGAUGGAGCUUUAUAUUUCUCAGCACUAGAAAUUGUUGACAGAGCCAACUAUAGCUGUAGCAUACAAUCUGAGUUUUCAGAUUCUGGAAGAAAUGGACCAUUUUUUUCUCUUCGAGUAAAUCCUCAUUCUAAUUACCAAAAUUUAAAAUUUGCAAAUAAUUUUCCGAAAGCCUUUCCUGAUACCCCAAUUGCUGGAAAAGAAGUUAGAUUGGAAUGUGUUGCAUUUGGAUACCCGGUACCGAGUUAUAACUGGACUCGUAAAGAAGGUGCUUCGUUUCCUCGAAACUCGUAUUUUACGAGUUUUAAUAGGGUACUGGUGAUUCCAAAUGUGCACGUGGAGGAUGAAGGAGAAUAUAUUUGUCGCGCCUACAAUGAUAGAAAAAUGAUCGAAAAUUCAGUAAUUCUUAAUAUACAAGCCGAGCCUAAUUUUACUAUACCACUAACUGAUAAACACAUAGAUAAGAAAGGAGAAUUAGUCUGGACCUGUGAAGCUUUUGGUAUUCCGGAUGUAAAUUAUACAUUUUUUAAAAAUGGAAAGGAGUUAUCCAUGUUAGAAUUAGACCCGGAGGACCGUGGACGAAUCCAUAUUCGGGACAACGUUUUGACAAUUUCAUACCUUAACAACAACCGAGAUCCCGGGAUGUAUCAGUGUCGAGCUUCUAAUACUCUCAAAACCAGAUAUUCGUCAGCACAACUUCGAGUACUAGCGUUUCCACCUUCAUUUAAGAAGCACCCCUUAGAAUCUGAAACGUAUGCUGCUGAAGGAGGUAACGUAACUAUAAGAUGUAAUCCAGAAGCGGCACCCAGACCGAUUUUUACAUGGAAAAAGGAUGGCAUAGAAAUAGGUGUUGGGGGCCACAGAAGCAUUUUUCCGAAUGGAAAUCUUUUACUCAGCCCGGUUUCUAGGGAUGACGAAGGCGUUUAUACUUGUACAGCAAGCAAUGAAUUAGGGAUGGCUGAAUCUAAAGGAAGACUUAUAAUUUUACGCAGUCCUAGAAUAGUUGAAAAUCCGAGUCAAUCUAUCGUAACAAUAAAUGGUCGACACAUUGAUCUUCAGUGCUACGCGUCAACGGAUGAAAUGCUGGAUAUAGCUUAUAUAUGGACCCACAAUGGAUUGCGUAUUCGGGAAAUGGAUCUGAUUUAUUCUAAUGACAGAAUAACAAUAGAUGGCGGUUACCUUCGAAUAUCUAAUGCGACAUUCUCAGACUCGGGUGAUUAUGAAUGCGUUGUUCAGAGCGCAGUGGGGACAAUCUCGGUUAAGUCUCACGUAACCGUGCAGGGACCCCCUGGACCGCCAGGCGGCGUCCAAGCUAUGUCCAUCCAAAAACACGCAUUUACUCUUGAGUGGACAGACGGUGCUACUCAUGGAUCUCCUAUUUAUAGCUAUUCAAUUCUUGGAAGGACAAACUGGAACAGAAAAUGGGUAGUACUCGCGGUAGGAGUAAGAGCACACGAGGUGGAUAGAUUUACUGGCCGGAAACGAGCUGACGUAGACUUAAAAUUAACCCCUUGGUCUUCAUACGAGUUUCGAGUGGCAGGAUGGAAUGAACUAGGCCCAGGUGCUUAUUCCGAACCUAGUCCUAAAUAUCACACGCUUAAAGAUAUUCCACGCGUGGCUCCAAAGAAUGUCAGAGGCGGUGGAGGAAAAAUAGGUGACCUUACGAUAACCUGGACUCCUUUGACACCUGAGGAACAACAUGCUCCAGGAAUUCACUACAAAGUAUUCUGGAAACGAAAUAAUGAGCAAAUCGAAUUUCAAACUCUUGUCUUAAAAGAAUUUGGAAAUACGAAUACAGCUGUUGUUCAAAUCGAACCGAAAUACUAUUAUACAGAGUACAUUGUUAAAGUUCAAGCUAUAAAUGAAUUGGGCGAAGGCCCCAUAAGCCAAGAGGCAGUCAUAUAUUCUGCUGAGGAUAUGCCGCAAGUCGCUCCACAACAGGUUGUGGCUAGAUCUUAUAAUUCUACAGCUUUGAAUGUAACAUGGGAACCUGUGGAAGAAACCAGAGAAAAGAUAAAGGGUAAAUUAAUAGGCCACAGAAUAAAAUACUGGAAAAAAGGCAAUAGUGAGCAAGACAGUGUCUACUACUUGUCUAGGACAACAAGACCGUGGGCACUUAUAGUAGGAUUGCAGCCGGAUACUUACUAUUUUGUUAAAGUUAUGGCUUACAACUCUGCUGGAGAAGGACCUGAAAGUGAAAGAUAUAUGGAACGCACAUUUAGGAAGGCGCCACAAAAACCACCAUCAUCUGUAAGAGUAUAUGGAAUUAAUCCGUCUACAAUAAAGGUUCAGUGGCGAUAUGUGCAACCUUCAUUGGAAGAAGAACCUCUUCAAGGAUAUAAGAUCCGUAUAUGGGAUUUUGAUCAAGAUUUAAGUACUGCGAAUGACACUAUAGUGCCAUUUGGUGGACAUUUAGAAGGAUAUGUAACAAAUCUUACCCCUGGCAAAACUUAUAGGAUGAGAAUAUUGGCAUAUUCCAAUGGAGGCGAUGGAAGAAUGAGCUCGCCAGAAUAUGUAUUUCAAAUGGGUAAUCCAGAAUAUUUUAGGAGCGGUUCCGCAAAACAAAAAUGCCUUCUCACUAUUUCAUUACAAGUUUUAAGCGUAAUUACAGUUUUAUUUGUCACUUAAGAUCCGAUAUUAAUUAUGUAAAUUGUUUAGUUGUUUAAGAUAUGAACUAAUGCACAAAUUAUGACAUUUGAUAAAAAAAAAUUUGAUGGCAAUUUUAUCUUCUUGGACUAGGCCAAUAUUAAUUAAAUGUGUCUAGUAAUUACCUCACUUAUAAUUAAGGAAAUUCGCUUUUAAAAGAUAUAUGUUUUUUAGUGUAUUUAAAACCACAGAUUGUAUGUAGCAUUAGAACAAAUGUGUAUGAACUGUUUUACAAUCUUUUAAAUUAAUUUAUAUAAAUAUUGUGAAAGGAGAGAUUGUUUAAUAGUGUUGUCAUUCAUUAUAGAUUUACAAUACACUCGACCAUAAUACUUGUUAACAUUGAAGCUAUUGAUUCCGUCCAAUUAAUGAUAUGACUGUGACAAAUUUAAAGUGAUUUGACUGAUGAUUAAUGAUCUUUGGUAGGCAUUGGCUGGUGGUGAUCUUAAGAAUUUUUUCUAUUCUAUAUUUUUAGUUUAUAGUAUUAUUUUAUUUGAUGAUUAACCUUGCAAAUGUUUGCAGAAUAGCACUUAUUAUACUCGAAUAAGACUCGAUGAUUAUAUAUAUGACUCGAAUAUUG